AUGGUUCGUCACAAAAAAGACAACUUCACGCGAGGAGGCAAGAAAUUCAACAACCCCCGCCCCCGAGUGCCCCGCGGUGAUGAAGAAGUUGAGGGCGCGACCUCCUCGAGGCCUCCUUACAAGGCUGCCUGCUGGGAUAUGGGACACUGCGAUCCUAAGCGAUGCUCAGGAAAGCGAUUGAUGAAGCUCGGUCUGAUGCGGGAGCUUCACAUUGGCCAGCGGCACCCCGGCGUGAUCGUCUCUCCAAAUGCCAAGCGAAUCAUUUCUCCUGCAGACAAGGAUAUCAUGGAACAGCACGGUGCUGCAGUGGUGGAAUGCUCUUGGGUGCGAGUCAAGGAAGUGCCCUGGUCGCGGAUCGGCGGAAAAUGUGAACGACUUCUCCCUUACCUUAUCGCUGCCAACACGGUUAACUACGGCAAACCAUGGCGUCUGAACUGCGUCGAAGCACUCGCCGCUUGCUUCGCCAUCUGUCGUCGUUUGGAAUGGGCAGAGGAUCUACUCAGACAUUUCAGUUACGGGCCGUCUUUCUUGGAAAUCAACAAGGAACUCCUAGCGCGCUACGCCGCCUGCGAGACGGAAGAGGAUGUAAAGAGGACGGAAGAGGAAUGGUUAACGAAGAUCGAACGCGAAUACGAAGACAACCGCAUCGAUGGAGGUGAUGAUGUAUGGACUAAAGGCAACACCAAUCGUUUGCCCGCACGAACUUCCGACGACGAGGACGACGAAAGUGGAGACGAAGAUGACGAAGAUGAGGGCAGCGACGAAGAAGAUGAGGACAAGGAUCCAUUCGCGAUUUCUGAUGACUCCGAAGAUGAAGAGCAAAUGGCCGAAAUCCGCCGCAAGAUCCUCAAUUCGAAAUCGUUCAAGAAUCCGGAAGAAGAGGAAAAGCAGCAGCCGGAGAAGGUUUCUCGGCCGGAGCAGCUGUAUGUCGACUCGGAUGCUGAAUCCGGCUCAGAAGGAAGCGAGGACGAGGCAUUCGACAAUAUCAUCAAUGCGACGACGGUCACUGAUCGCACAGGAAUCAAAGCGAUUCAGCAGCGUAAAGCAAUGGAGACGCUGUCGGGAUCCUUCUCUCGGGCGGAGAUUUCUGCCCCGAAGAAGGCGUGA